AUGGCUGCGCUAGCCAAGCCUGUGGAGAUCCCGCAUCCAGAGGAUGAGGAGCCGAUCUGUUCUCCACGGAGUGCGAUUCGGGUCCAGUUCGCGCAGGACAGCCCACGAUCUCGCCCCAGCCAAGAUGGACAGUUGCCGGCACUGUUGGCACAGCAUCAUCGGGAGCUCAUCCGAAAACUGGAGGUUCAGGAUGACGUCUUGAGCCAGAUCCUGUUGAAGUGCGUGCGCGACAGCCGUGAGCAGAAAUCAGCAUUGCAGAGCCCUUCCCGAGUAUCUUCUCAACAGACUCUGGAUAUGGAGCGCAUGUCGAACCACUCAGACGAAGGGGCCUGGGUGAUGCCCUUGCCGACCAAAGCCACGAGUGCCGACUUGCUGCCAGACGAGGAUGAAGACGAGCGCCCCUAUCCAACGGAGCAUGCGUUCCACAAGCGUCCGAGUGUGCAGUUCUCGGAACGCAGCUCGCGGCUUUCAUUUACCCCCCGAAGUACCUUCACACCCAAGCUGUUCACUACGUUCUCGCAGGCGGACUUAAAGCUCCGGGAAAGUGCCGACCACGCACAGGGGAUCAACUCCAGGAGAAGGUUCGCCAGCUGCAAGGGAACAAGCCUGGACCACAUGAAAAGCCCAGAGAACUGUUGGCAAUGGCUGGUCGGCCAUCCCCUCUUUGACUGGUUCUUUGCAACAGUGGUGCUGCUGAAUGCCGUUUUCAUUGGCGUGGACGUGCAGAUGAGCAUCGGGUCCAUGGAGAUUCGGCCGAUGCAAAUCCAGGUGAUGCAGUACUGCUUCACUGCCCUCUUCACCAUCGAGUUGGCUUUGCGCUUUGUGGCUAAUGGCGUGCGGCUGUUCUGCCUGGAGGACUGGAUGUGGAGCCUGCUGGACGUUUUCAUUGUCGCGACAUCCCUUUGGGAGAUCAUGGUGGACAUUGUAACAGCCCUCGAAGCUGUGAAUGGCAAUAUGGAAAAGAUCGCCGGGAUCUCCAGCUUGAAGGUCUUCCGGAUCAUACGCAUAACUCGGAUCGUGAAGACGAUACAACUGAUGCGCGUCUUCCGAUUCGUGAUGGCCUUCCGAACGCUGAUCUCCUCCAUCAUUCACACCUUGAAGGCGCUGUUCUGGGCGCUGAUUUUGUUGCUCCUCAUCGUUUACGUCUUUGCGGUCUUGUUCACUCAGGCUGUGAAUGCUCACAUUUACGAUCCGGAGGCAACCCCAAUGUCCGCGGCCAACUUGGAGUUCUCGACGAAAUAUUUUGGUUCGUUGCCGGACACAAUGCUCAGCUUGUUCAUGGCAAUCGCAAACGGUGUGAGCUGGGAAGACAUCUUGGCUCCAUUGCGAGCGAUUUCCAGCGCCUGGGUUCUGCUGUUUCUGUUCUACGUGGCGUUCACGUACUUUGCUGUCCUAAAUGUGGUAACGGGAGUUUUUUGUCAAUCCGCAAUCGACAGUGCGCAGAAUGACCACGCAACGCUUGUGCAAUCGAUGCUGGCCAACAAGGAAGCGCACCUGCACGAAAUACGAGCCUUGUUUAGCAAGCUUGGUGCAUCUGAUUCUGGUGUUAUCACCUACGCGAUGUUCGAGGAGAAGAUCGACUCGCCUGCUGUGCGGGAGUACUUCGAAACUCUUGGACUGGAUGUUACCAGGCAAGACGAUUCCAACGUCCCCUUUGGCAAUCUGUCGCAAGGGAAAUCCAUGCAGUAG